CAGCGGACUACAGCACCAGUGAGAUGCUCGUGAACAUGGGCAACCUGCCCUUGGAUGAGUUUUACCCUGCCGUUGCCAUCGUCACUCUAAUGCGCAUCCUGAGAGACCCUUCCCUUUCCAACCACCACACCAUGGUGGUCCAGGCCGUCACCUUCAUCUUCAAAUCUCUGGGCCUCAAGUGCGUCCAGUUUCUGCCGCAGGUCAUGCCGACUUUCCUCAAUGUCAUCCGGGUCUGUGAUGCCAGUAUCCGAGAGUUCCUGUUCCAGCAGAUGGGAAUGGUGGUGUGCUUUGUGAAGAUCCACAUCCGCCCCUACAUGGACGACAUCUUCACCCUCAUCAGAGAGUACUGGACACCAAACAACCCCAUGCAGAACACCAUCAUCCUGCUGAUCGAGCAGAUUGUGGUGGCGCUGGGUGGAGAAUUCAAGCUGUACCUGCCUCAGCUCAUCCCUCACAUGCUGCGUGUCUUCAUGCACGACAACAGCACCGGGCGCAGUGUCACCAUCAAGAUGCUCAACGCCAUCCAGCUGUUUGGUGCCAACCUGGACGACUACCUGCACUUGCUGCUGCCUCCCAUCGUCAAGCUGUUUGAUGCCAACGAUGUGCCCCUGCAGGCCCGCAAGGUUGCCUUGGAGACACUGGACCGGCUGACUGAGUCCCUGGACUUCACCGACUACGCUUCACGCAUCAUCCACCCAAUUGUCCGAGCUCUUGACAGCACGCCUGAUCUGCGCGCCACCGCGAUGGACACCCUGUCCUCACUUGUAUUCCAGUUGGGAAAAAAGUACCAGAUCUUCAUCCCCAUGGUAAACAAAGUGAUGCUGAAGCACAGGAUCAACCACCAGCGAUACGACAUACUCAUAUGUCGCAUUGUUAAGGGCUAUACUCUGGCUGAGGAGGAAGAGGACCCUCUAAUCUUCCAACAUCGCCACCUUCGUGGUAACCACGGUGACGCUCUGGUCAGCGGGCCGGUGGAGGCGGGGCCUAUGAAGAAGCUUCACGUCAGCACUACAGCACUUCAGAAGGCCUGGGGUGCUGCAAGAAAAGUGUCCAAAGACGAUUGGCUGGAGUGGCUGAGGCGUUUGAGUGUGGUCCUGCUGAAGGAGUCGUCCUCCCCCGCCCUUAGGUCCUGCUGGUCACUGGCUCAAACCUACAUCCCCCUCGCCAGGGACCUGUUCAACGCUGCCUUCCUGUCUUGUUGGUCUGAGCUGAGCGAGGAUCAGCAGGACGAGCUGAUCCGCAGCAUCGAGUUGGCUCUCACCUCCCAGGACAUCGCAGAGGUCACACAGACUCUGCUCAACCUGGCAGAGUUCAUGGAGCACAGCGACAAGGGCCCUCUGCCCCUCAGAGAUGAUAAUGGAAUUGUGCUGCUGGGGGAGAGAGCUGCCAAGUGCCGUGCCUACGCCAAGGCUCUGCACUACAAAGAGCUGGAGUUUCAGAAAGGUGCUUCUCCUCUCAUCCUGGAGGCUCUUAUCAGCAUCAACAAUAAACUGCAGCAGCCAGAAGCCGCAUCUGGAGUGCUGGAGUACGCCAUGAAGCAUUUUGGAGAACUGCUCGCAUCUGUCCAUGGUGUCAAGGUUUGA